UAGAGUAGUGUGCUUUGAGUGUGGAGUGGCAGGGGGCAGCAGCAUCUAUGCUUAACUCUGCCUGGCAAGCUGCCUCUCCAGAGCUCUGGUGCACCUCUGGUACCUGGCCGGAAGCUAUGGAGGGGCUGCUGCUGCUGCUGUUGCUGCUGCUGCUGUUGCUGCUGCUUUUGUUAGCCAUUAGUUGGAAGCCUGGAUGUGCUGACCCUGGAAGGCUCACAGCCAAACAUAGAUCCUGUGUUUAGACCAAAUCAUAACCUUCCCGUCUGAGUUUUGUCCCCGUAUUUGUCUUCCAUGUUACUGGGGAGGUGUUUCCAUGGUUGCAACUUAAAAAUAAUCUUCUGAAUUAUAUCUGAGGUGUCGCCUGCCAUCGGCAGGACCUCUCGACUCGGAAGUUGGGGGUCACCUGUUGAAGCACUGGGGAACUGUCACCAUUUUCUUCUCUCACUAUGUAGCAGGAUGUGGGUCCUACCAUGGGUGGGUGCUGUGAGUCUCCGCUAAGAUGAGUUGAGUCAUUUUUGGCAGAAGGUGUACGCACAUGUGCUGAGGUGUGCGUGGAUGGGCUAAGGCUGAGGUGACGCACCUGCCUCCUGUGUGUGCAUUUGCUGCUCGGUAUUGUCUUGCUCUGUCCUCUGGAGUGUGUCAAGUUGUCGGUAGGGAUACCGGGCUGCGCCUCUGGGUGUGAAUUCACAGUGGGGGGAGGAGGGGAUGAGCCGAGCUCAAGAAUAAUUGGAGAACCUUCCCUGCACUGAUAUUGUUUUCUGAUACUGUAACAUUUUAGGGUCUGAAAACUCGUUUUGACUUGGAUCUGGGAGAAUGUCUGAGCAAGGAGAACUAACCCCGACCAUACUGGAAGAAGGGCGGACGGAGCCAGAGUCUGCCCCAGAAAAUGGCAUCCUCAAGUCGGAAAGUCUGGAUGAGGAGGAGAAGCUGGAACUGCAGCGGCGACUGGCAGCUCAGAACCAAGAGAGAAGAAAAUCCAAGUCAGGAGCAGGUAAAGGGAAGCUGACCAGAAGUCUUGCUGUCUGUGAAGAGUCUUCAGCCAGACCUGGAGGGGAAAGUCACCAGGAUCAGGAAUCAAUUCACUUACAGCUUUCCAGUUUCCCCAGCCUGCAAGAGGAGGAUAAAUCUAGGAAGGAUGACUCUGAGAGAGAAAAAGAAAAGGAUAAGAACAGAGAGAAACUCUCUGAGAGACCCAAGAUCAGAAUGUUAUCGAAAGAUUGCAGCCAAGAAUAUACGGAUUCUACAGGCAUAGACUUACAUGAGUUUCUAAUUAACACGCUGAAGAACAACUCCAGGGACAGGAUGAUACUCUUGAAAAUGGAGCAGGAAAUGAUUGAUUUCAUUGCUGACAGCAAUAACCACUAUAAAAAGUUCCCCCAGAUGUCAUCCUAUCAGAGGAUGCUGGUCCAUCGGGUGGCAGCGUACUUCGGAUUGGACCACAACGUGGAUCAAACUGGGAAAUCUGUCAUCAUCAACAAGACCAGCAGCACCAGAAUACCAGAGCAAAGGUUUUGUGAACAUUUAAAAGAUGAAAAGAGUGAAGAAUCCCAGAAGCGGUUUAUCUUGAAGCGAGAUAACUCUAGUAUUGAUAAAGAAGACAAUCAGCAGAACAGAAUGCACCCAUUUAGAGAUGACAGACGAAGUAAAUCAAUUGAAGAGAGAGAAGAGGAAUAUCAGAGAGUGAGGGAGAGAAUAUUUGCACACGAUUCAGUUUGCUCCCAGGAAAGCCUAUUUUUGGAUAACAGUAGGCUCCAGGAAGAUAUGCACAUAUGCAAUGAGACCUAUAAGAAAAGACAGCUCUUUCGGGCUCACCGAGACAGCUCAGGAAGAACUUCCGGGAGCCGGCAGAGCAGCUCAGAGACUGAGCUCAGGUGGCCAGACCACCAGCGAGCCUGGAGCAGCACAGAUUCUGACAGCUCCAACCGCAAUCUGAAGCCCACCAUGACCAAGACUGCAAGUUUUGGGGGCAUCACGGUGCUGACCAGGGGCGACAGCACAUCCAGUACUAGGAGUGCUGGGAAACUGUCCAAAACAGGUUCUGAGUCUUCCAGCAGUGCAGGCUCCUCAGGAUCACUGUCCCGCACCCACCCGCCUCUGCAGAGCACAGCCCUGACCUCUAGUGUGGCAGCUGGCUCUCCUGGCUGUAUGGCCUAUUCAGAGAAUGGAAUGGGGGGCCAGGUUCCUCCCAGCAGCACCAGCUACAUCCUCCUCCCACUUGAAAGCGCGACUGGCAUCCCACCUGGAAGCAUCCUUCUUAAUCCACACACAGGUCAGCCCUUUGUGAACCCGGAUGGAACUCCUGCGAUAUACAACCCUCCUGGAAGUCAGCAGACGCUGCGUGGCACUGUCAGUGGGCAGCCUCAACAACCCCCACCACAGCAAACGUCUCCUCAGCCUCAGCAGCAGGUCCAGGCAUCACAGCCCCAGAUGGCAGGGCCACUGGUCACUCAGUCUGUCCAGGGCCUGCAGCCAUCUUCCCAGUCUGUGCAAUAUCCAGCGGUCUCUUUCCCUCCCCAGCAUCUCCUGCCUGUGUCGCCAACGCAGCACUUCCCCCUGAGAGAAGAGAUGGCUGCGCAGUUCAGUCAGCUGAGCAUGAGCAGGCAGUCCUCGGGAGACACUCCUGAACCUCCCUCUGGUCCAGUCUACCCAGCCUCCCUCAUGCAAGCAGCUCAGCCACCAAGCUACGUCAUCACUUCUGCAGGCCAGCAGCUCUCCACAGGGGGUUUCUCGGACUCUGGCCCGCCCAUCUCCCAGCAGGUCCUGCAGGCCCCGCCCUCUCCCCAGGGAUUUGUACAGCAGCCUCCACCUGCGCAGAUGUCCGUAUAUUACUACCCAUCUGGUCAGUACCCUACCUCAACCACACAGCAGUACCGACCCCUGGCCUCAGUCCAGUACAGCGCUCAGCGGAGUCAGCAAAUACCACAGACCGCGCAGCAAGCAGGUUACCAGCCAGUCUUGUCUGGUCAACAGAGCUUUCAAGGCCUGAUGGGAGUACAGCAGUCAGCUCACAGCCAGGGGGUGAUGAGCAGUCAGCAAGGAGCCCCGGUGCAUGGUGUGAUGGUCUCCUACCCAACCAUGUCUUCUUAUCAGGUGCCAAUGACCCAAGGUUCUCAAGCAGUGCCCCAGCAGACAUACCAACCGCCAAUCAUGCUGCCCAGUCAGGCAGGCCAAGGGUCACUCCCAGCCACCGGAAUGCCUGUGUACUGUAACGUCACACCGCCAAGCCCUCAGAACAACCUAAGGUUGAUGGGUCCACACUGCCCCUCCAGCACGGUUCCUGUCAUGUCUGCUAGCUGCAGAACAAACUGUGGGAGCAUGAACAACGCUGGCUGGCCGGUCAAGUUCUGAGAGCGCUCGGGCUGCCCGCAGUACACUUCAUCAGAUGUUAACUCAUGGCCUUCAAAGGAAGAGGAGACUUCGACAGCUGGCUGAGGACUUCCAUAUACAUUGCUGCUGGUAUUCUGUACAAACUAAUCAAAGACUAAUACAUUAGCUGGUUAAUGGUGCAUAUUUCUGUCAUGUCUGCUAGGUAUGCCUUUCUAGCUUAGCUAGGGACAUGAAUUCAUCAAGGUAAGAUUUUCUCCUACCAUGAAUACCACUGUGUAGAUUAUAAUAUCCCUGAUUCGGAUUAGUUUUGUACUUUGUGUUCAGUUUGUGAUGCUAAAAGUAUUUAAAUAUAUAUAUAUAUAAACUAAAUCACACGGUACCAAAGCUGUAAUGGAACAAAAGGAAAGAGUUGAGGAAUGGAAGGAAUAAUUUAUAUACACUAUAGAGUUUUCUUUUUUAAAUGGAUAUAUAUGGUAUUGUAGUGUUUAACCCAAAUAAAAGCUUAUUUGACCUUACGGAGGAAGGUCAUGUUUUUACCACCA